AUGCGGUCGCAAACGCUCCUUCGCAAGUCCCAAUUGUUGCUUGCCGCACCCAUUCUCCCUCGCCGCGCCCUCUUUUCUUGUACAGAUUAUUCACGCCUACCACGAAACAAACGACCGCGACUUGAUCCCCUCAGUGUCUUUUCAAGUCGCUUCGUAUCGUCAACCGUACCGCCUUCGCAAGACGACUCCUUUAGCUCAUUACCAGAAUCUGUCGAUAACUCUAAAGAGCCUACCGAGAGCGUAGAAAUUACAUCGCCGGAGGAAAUCGACAAGCCUAAGUCGCGUCGGGCUAAAGUUACUUCAUCGCUGAGCAAAGACUCAGAAGCUCUUGAACUCCCGGAGGGACUUGACAUUCUAUGGCUACCUGAUGUCGUGCGAGAGGCAUGUAGCGACGAUCCCGCCACACUUCCUGCCGACGUCUUUGAGGAAGCUUUGAACAAUCUUCUCAUCACGCUUCACCCUCAAAAUCAGCACCGAGCAACAUAUGCAACUGCGGCGGGAGGAUCUAUUGAACCAACUCUUGGCCUUUUCUGCCCUAUAGAGGGCGGGGAUUACGUGAUUGACGCAACUGUCAGAGAAUUGGCACGCCACACUGGAGCUGAAGUUUUAGUCCUCGAUUCAGUUCAACUUGCAGCUGGUGAAUGGGGGCAAUUCGGAAGGGCGGCAAAUUGCCUGCAACUACCGAAAAACCCCUUGCAUUUUCCGUCGACAUCACCUUCUCCUCCGUCUAAUCGUAAUUCAAGCAUGACAGAAGAUGAAAAUGAUUCGGACGAGGAUUUUGAGUUUUCGCCGCCCCAGCAAAUGACUUUGACUUUAUUGGCACCUUCGUCCAGCCAAGGUCGGGCUCUACUGGCGUCAAGCCCGCGUCGAAACGCAAUUCCGAGCAAAGCCAAGGUUUUCUUUGACGCCGUCAUAAACACACCGUCUCCAAAUCCAGAUACGGACGAGGACUCGUCAUCCUUAGCUCGCAAUCGACCUAGGAUAGUUUACAUUCGUGACUUCCCGACGCUUGGACCCUCUUCAUCUGUUUGGUACCCUCAUCUUCUUUCUUCUGUGCAGCAGCGACGUCGAGGCCCUAUAUCGAGGCCAUCCUCUGCCGUUCCCAACCCCAUGACUAUUAUAUUUGGGAUGACACCCCCAUUGACCCCUCCAAUUCAUAGCAGCAGUUCAGGACCCAGCAGCGGCUUACUGAGUCUUCUCAUGAGCCGUGGCGCGACCUCUUCUCAGGUGUCAUCCCCUUCAAAACAUCAUAAUUCAGAUUGGAGUGAAGGUGAAGCUGCGGAGAAGGCCAGAGAAGGGCGCCUUCGAAAUCGGCUGAAAAAGUGGGAGAAAGGGAAUUUAAUCUUGCAUGAAGAGUUUCCGAGGUUAUUCCCAACUCCAGAGGGUGACGUUGGUGGCUCGCACAGGCCCGAAGUCAUUGUGAUUGGUGGCAAUGGAAUGCCUCCGCCGUCGCUAUUAAGUGGGGGGACUGCAGUUGCCAGUGGUAGUGCUGGACCUGAAGCUAUACUGCCUUUCUUCCGGGAAUCGGUUCUGGUUCCAAACACUCGGUCGCCUUCACAAGAGCGCGAGACUCGUAUUCAGCGCCGAAGGGAGAUAAACGAGUUGAGCAUGCGUAUGGGAGUUGGUGCUGUAGGUGGUUCAAUUGAAAGCACAAGCGCAGCUUUGGUAUUAGGCAAUCUCCCUUCAAACAAAGAGCCAUCUGCAGACGAGCCCGAGCGAAUGUGGGACCGAUGGGGAAGCAAAAUAGAAGUAUGGAGGAAUGUCCGCAAAAUCGCCGAUCGCGCCGUCGGAAAUGUCAUGUCAGCUCGCGCAGCUGGGUUCAAGGUAGAGAAAGUGACACUAGAUUCGACGGUCGUUCCGUGGUCUGCUGUGAAUAUGGCAUGGAUUGCCAAUAGAUCUGUCCAGGAUAAACGCAAGCUUUGGACCAAGGACUCCUCUUUGACCAAGUCGAUACAAGAGGAAGCCGAGGAUGAGGCCGACACGAAGAGUGGGACUGACCCGGUCACGGAGCGGGUUAAAAAUGACACUGAACUUGACACAUAUGAACAGAGGCUGCUACCUUGUAUUGUUGAUUCAGCUUCUAUGUCAACAUCAUUCAGCCAGGUGCAUUUACCAUCUCAUACCAUCGACUCUGUUCGCACUAUUGUGUCCCUGCCCCUCCUUCACCCUCGAGCAUUUGAGCAAGGCAUUCUCAAGGAGCAUGGUAUGACAGGAUGCCUUCUAUUCGGCCCCCCGGGGACAGGUAAGACUUUGGUUGUCCGUGCUCUAGCAAAGGAGGCUGGUUGUCGGAUGAUCACGAUUUCUCCCUCUGAUGUUAUGGAUAUGUACGUGGGUGAAGGCGAAAAACUGGUUAGGGCCGUGUUUUCUCUUGCCCGUCGUCUGUCACCUUGUGUCGUUUUCCUGGACGAGAUCGACGCUCUGUUCGGCGCACGUAUGUCUGCUCGUGAAAGUGGUGGUGCCAUCGCUCAUAGAGGCGUCAUCACCGAAUUCAUGCAGGAAAUGGAUGGUCUUAAAUCCUCUCGAGAUGACAGCGUCAUUGUUAUCGGCGCCACGAACCGACCUUUUGACUUGGACGAUGCAGUACUCCGCCGCUUGCCACGUCGAUUAUUAGUCGAUCUCCCUGGCGAAAAGGAAAGAGAAGAAAUUCUCAAAAUCCUUCUUCGCGAUGAAUCUCUAGCGGGAGAUAUCGAUGUCCAAUCGCUCGCCAAGAAGACGGAAUCCUUCUCCGGUUCAGAUCUUAAGCACCUCUGUGUUUCGGCAGCACUCGAUUCCGUCAAGGAGAAUGUAGACCUUCCAUGGUCGUCGUCCUCAAAGCCUGAUGUGUUGCCCCUUUCAUCGACUCCACAAGACCUACCAGCCCCCUCUUCUGCAUCGGUCGACGAAUCCCUUAGCGCAGAAAGUCCGACUGAGUCUACCCCAACUGUGGAGGACGAUUUGAGCGUUGCGAACUCCCAGUACCACCCCCGUAUUCUCCAUUUGCGUAACUUCACGAAGGCACUGAAAGAAAUCACGCCAUCGUCUUCUGAAUCCCUCGGCAGUCUUGCGGAGCUACGAAAAUGGGAUGAAGAGUUUGGAGAAGGAAGACGAGACAGGAAGAAGCGCCAGGUUUGGGGUAAGGGUCGGUUUGGAUUCGUAGAUGAGAAGGUCGAGGUGGGUAAAGUCAGUGGUCAAGUUGAAACUUCCCCACCUGUGCCUCCAAACACGCGAUAA